AUGGCCGUUUCACUCCGAUGUUUACACACGCCAUCGAGCGCAACUAUCUUCGUUCAGCUUGCGCGAUGUACAACACCGACAUCGAAUUCCCCGGCACCGAUCCUCUCGGUACUCGUUCCGAGAUGGAAGCCCGCCACGACAACCAGAAGAGCCGGCUUCGGCACCACCCGCAAAUGCAGAAGCGAGGGUGCUCCUUGGGGUAUGAUCCCGCAGCGGUUUAGGACGGUACAACAGCAGACCCGAGCUUUCACGGCUUCCGCCAUGAGGAGGCAGACGAGAUGCGCCUGGAACCCGAAGACGGAUGAGGAUGGCCAAGAGAUGAAGCUCGAUAUCACGGAGAGAGCAGGCAAGCGUCUAGCAACCAUCAUGAAGAAGGACAACAACCCGAACCUCGCCCUGAGGAUACAAGUCGAGAGCGGAGGCUGCCACGGCUUCCAGUACCUUAUGAGCCUAGUGACCUUACCCGAGAGCGAGAGCGCGGAGGACUGGUCCAAGGUUGUUGGGGAGGACGACACCGUGUUUCAAUACCUGCCAGAAGAUGCCGACCCCUCCAGCGUAACGUUUGAAGGCCCCAAGGUGGUGAUUGACGAACCGUCGCUUGAUCUCCUCAAGGGGAGCAAGGUGGACUUCACGAUGGAGCUCAUCGGAUCCCAGUUCAAGAUUACAGACAACCCAUAUGCAUCGAGCAGUUGUGGAUGUGGGACCAGCUUCGACAUCAAGAUUUGA